AUGGUGAAGGUACCGGAUGCGAAGCGUGAUGGCCCGUUGCGGGCCAUCAUCGGCGAGGAGUUGAAACACUUGCAUGCGGCAUUGGAUAGGGCACCUGGCUAUGACGGCAAUGGGGAAGCUAUCAAGGAAGUACAUGUCCACUGGGAACUCGCCAUGCCAGCUGCGGUUGAUGCGCAGUAUAGUCGCCUGCCGCACCGCAUCCGCGCCCUGCCCAUGCACCACGGUCGUCAAUGGUUUUCUGAUGUGGCGGUCAAAGGUGAGGGCUCAGACGGGGACGAGGAGUGGUUUGCGAAAACCCUUCUGUUGUUUCAUGCCAAGGUUGCGGGCACGGUUAAAAACUAUGCAUUCGUCAAGUACUACAGGGAACAGGCCAGCAUUGAUGCAGCCGCCAAGUGCAAGCUGGGAGAUGACGUUCUUACAGAAGAGAUUAAGAGGCGGCAGUUAGCUAAAGAGGCUGCCUUAAAAACAGCUGCAGUCAGCACUCUCCACGGCGCUCCCACGGUUGGUAAGACGGCAGCUGCAGGCCGUCGGGGCGGGUCUAAGAGGAAACGUGCUGCCGCCGGCUCUGGUGCGCGUGGUCGAUCCUCUGGUGCGAAUGGCAACAUUCGUGCAGGCUCGCCAUCCGCUAACAACCCUACCGCCGGCACUUCGUCAGAAGCAGAAGGCGCGAACCCUGCACCGGUGGCAGAAGCAAUGGACACCACGCAAAACGGCGCACCAACCACAGGCGGCAUAGUCUGUGGUAUCGCGUCAUGCGCAGAUACUGGAGCUCUCCCUGCACCCCCCGUGCCUGCCGCCGGAGCCCCGGGUCUGAUGAUGGCAGAAGUGAUUGAGGCCGCAGCGGAGGGCGGCGUGGAUCCUUUCAUCGCAUACGACAUCGAAGCUGGUAGCGACGACGAAGACGGGAACGACGACGAUGCAGAUGAUGCGGACGGCGUCCAAGCGGGAAACGCCGAUGAGUUGCGCGCAGCGGAGGUUCGCGCUGCGGAAGUGUGCGCGGCGGAGGUUCGGGCGGCGGAGGUUUGGGCGGCAGAGCUUCGGGCGACGGAGCUUCGGGCGGCGGAGAUUCGAGCGGCGGAGAUUCGAGCUACGGAGGUUCGCGCGGUGGAGGACCGCGCUGCGGCGGUUCGCGCGGCAGAUGUGCGCUCUGCGGAGGCUCGCCAGACGGAGCUGGCGCCGCACACCUCGCAGCCUAAUAACCCGGCAGUACCCGCUAGGCGUGAACGGUCGCAAGUUGCUGGUGCGCACCAUUUCAGGGAAGCACGUCAGCUGGAGGCGCUAUUGCGUGACCUGCAGAACACGGUCUCCACUCUGAACGCGCAGCUGCAGGAGGCAAGGGCCAGGAUCAAGGCGGUGGAGGCUGAACGCGAUAGUCUGAAAACGCAGUUGGAGUCGAUGCAGCGACAGCUUUCAGCAGAAGUCGCUGGAACGAGCUCGGACGUGGGCGCCCUUCAGGACCCUUCUGACCCCCUGGUCCGAAUGGAGAACGUCCGUAAGGACGUUGCGGGCAACCCGACCAUUCCGUCAUCAGUCAGCAGCGACGAUGCAUUCGAUGAAAUGGUGGGUAAAACCUUCGCCUGGCUCAUCACCCUUGCCCCUGCAGGAGAGAUGGAGUUCUAUCCUCUGUGGGAAGAAUUCCAGCCGCAUUUGGUGCGCAAGUACAUAGCUGAGGGGACCACACAAGAUGAAUACUACCUCUUCAUGGGCGGGAACAGCAAGCGCAUUGAUCGGGCGCUGAAGAUGAUUAGCUGCAAACGCGCGAACAUGAACAAGCCGAUCAAGCUCUGGGCGUGGGGUGCUGGUGGCGUCAUUGACCAGGAUAAGUGGUUCCUUUUGAAGGUUGGUGGCAUCACUCCAUCAAAGGCACGCAACGAAAAGGAGUGGGUGGAGCAGUUCAAACACCGUGAGUGUGCUUGUCUUUUCUCACAUCCGCACCAUGCUGGAAUGUUCUUGCGCACAGAUCUGAUUGCCAUUGUUUUUAUCUCCGCAGCAAAAUAUGGCUACGACUGGCAUUGCUCUGCUCAGAGCCGCCCUUUCGCGAAUGCAGCCUUUGAGCUGGCAGUCAAAAAGGCAUUUGUCAGUGCCCGGUGCAACAUGUUUGCAGUGAAGAUUCCAGCGGUCGGCUAUCUGUGCAACGUGGUUGAAUGGCCAUUGGAGAACCACAAGGGCAAGAAGGGCCAUGCAUCUCUGGACAACAAUGAGACCAACAACCGCAACAACGUCCAUGCCAAGACGAGGGUGGUUGCUGCCUGGCUGAAGGAAACCCUUGAAAGGGAGCCUGCUACGUUCAAGAUCGAUGAGCCCAUGGGGUUUGAGAUGGGCAUUGGGAAAGUUAGGAUUUUGAUAGAGGGAUAUGAGCUGUUUUUCUUCCCCUCAGGGGUCGUUCCAACCCCCUGGCGUCCUAUUAACAACCUGUGA